AUGUCGAGCUACGACAAGGUCGUGAAGUUGGCCUGCAAACCAAAAGCUGCUCCUCCAAAGGCCAAAUACAUAGACCCUAUCAUUGCUGCAACCUGGUCCGAUGACGGCGCCGUCCAUGAUGUGUGCAAAGCCCUCGCCCCUCGCCUCCGAGAACCGAAUGCUAUUGUAGCAUUUAAGGCUCUGAUCGUGCUUCACACAAUGAUACGCAAUGGGGCCACAGACAAUGUACUUUCCUAUUUGUCAUCUUCGGAAAUCCUUCGUCUGCGUAACAUAACUGCAGGGAAUUGGGAAGGAUAUGCUGCUCCUCAGAACUUGCAAAAUUACGCACUCUAUCUUGAUUCUAGGAUUCGGGCGUACAAAGACCUCAAACAUGAUGCCGUCAGGGUGCAAGCCGAAAGCAACCGGGACAUGCGCAACUCACAAUCGAUCGAGGAAGACGGAUAUCGAGGCCGGAAAGAUCGUCCCAUUAAAACAAGUGCUUCCGCUCCUGCCAGAAGCAAGACCAUUAUGGGGAGGAAACUGAGAUCUAUGACUGUCGAGAAGGGCCUACUACGAGAAACGAGAGCUGUUCAUGGAAUGAUUGAUGCUUUAGUGGAAUGCCGCUUUUAUCUGGACGACUUGGAAGAUGAGUUGACAAUAACUGCAUUACGCAUGUUGGUCAAAGAUCUGCUUAUUCUUUUCCAAGCCGGAAACGAGGGUGUUAUAAAUGUCCUAGAGCACUACUUCGAAAUGUCCCACAUUGAUGCAACAGAAGCCCUGAAGAUAUAUCGCAAUUUCUGCAAACAGACAGAAUACGUGGUUGAGUACUUGGGAGUUGCCAAAAAGUUGCAGAACCUGUUAAAUGUUUCUAUACCAAAUCUGAAGCAUGCUCCCGUUUCAUUGGCUGGUGCCCUUCAGGAAUAUCUUGAUGACGCCAACUUUGAACAAAAUCGGAUCGAAUACAAGACUAACAAAGCCGCUACUGAAGGUGGGCCUAAGUCAUCAGCCAACGGGAAACAAACCAAAGCAGGCGAGCAAUCCAUUGACCAAAUUCUUCCUAUAGCUACUAUCAAUGGCAAAUCUGCCGAGGCAUCAUCAUCCAAGGCAGCGCCUACCGUAGAGGUUUCAAAGUCCGGGGAAAACAAGGACGUAAUUGACUUCUUUUCGUCUAUUGACGAAAGCCAACCGACCAUGUUUAACCCACAGACUAAUAGCCCAAGUACGGCCUACUUCCACCAGCAAGCUUCGAACCCUUUUGGUCAAAUGUUAACCGGGCAGCCUAUGCUGCAACAACCUGCUCAACCACUUGCUUUUCAACCAACUGGAUUCGUUGCUCCCCAACAACCCAAUCAACCUAAUCCGUUCGCAAAUUUCUUGUCUCCACAGGUCCCCCAACCCACAGGUCACAGACCCUUUUCAUCUUAUCUGCCUUCUCACACUACAGGAUUUGUUCCGCAACAACCUACCCAGCAGCAACAGACACAGAAUCCUCAACAAUCCAAUCCUUUGCAAACACAACAGGCCAAUUUCCUGCAAGCACAACCGCAUUCGCAACCACAGUCGCAACAAUCGCAGUCAGCUCUUUUUCUAUCACCACAGACACAACAACCUCAGCAAACGAACUUCUUGCGACCACAGCAAAGCGGGUUUCUUCAGCCUCAGGCUACUGGUGCCAAUCCCUUCAGGCAAAGUAUGCUUAUCCCCCAAAGUACUGGAAUGGCUUUGUUUGGCGGAAGCUCUCAAACACCAUCAUUUGGCGCCCCAACCUUUGAAAUGCAGUCAAACCCGCCUUCUACGCUAAACACAAAUUCGACUACGUCCGCAUUCUCUUCCCUAGGCUCAGGUCCAGCAGCAUCAUCGUCGUCGUUCAUGGCGCCAAAGCCCUCUACCUUCGGUACGGCUGGGACAAACAGCACACCGGCACGUCCGGCUUCUACACCACUUACUUCAACUGGAUCAGCUCUUUCUUCAACUCCCCAGCCUGUAAAAACACAUCAAACGGGGACGAAGAACCCUUUUGGUCCCAUAACUGUUCCCCCACCUCCUGUUCCAAAGCAACCCACACUCUUUGAGUUAUCAUCCCUAAGCAUUUCAAACCCAAACCAGGUCAACUUUCAACCAAACCAGUCUUCAUCACAAGCACAACAGCAGCAGCCCCAGGCAACUGGGUUCAAUUUCAAUACUAGUGCUUUGAAUCCGGGGGCCAGCGACAUAUCCAGUGUUGCGUCAUCUUUUGCCUUCUCAAAUUCUAAACCACAAACAUCGACAACUUCUCCUCCUUCCAUUACUGGCAGCUCGGCGACAGCAACUGGAUCCACUCAUAUGGACACAGUCUUCUCAUCAACGUUAUCGGCACAACCUACGGGCGCUAUGAACUCUUCGACUACACCCUCAAUGCAACCCUCAGCUUCGUCCCUCAAGCCACAAAUGACAGGGUUUUCAGGACUGAAGCCUUUUAAACCAUCAUCAUCUUUUGGUGCCUCGUUGAUGGAAUCACUACCUGCAAUUCCGGGGUCGGUUCCAACUACACCUUCGGUGAGCGGUUUACCAACCACCAGUGGUACUACCUCUCCUCCAAACGGAAGCACGUUUACCUCCACAGUCGCGUCACCUACAAACGGAAUUACCGGUAAUUUCGCUUUCUUGAAUACUCAACCUACAGGAGCAACUGGAGGUUUAGGUGGUUCCUUUGGCUCAACCCUUGGGGUUGGUUUGCGGCCCCAAAUGACAGGUGGUGGUUCAGCCAAUCCAUUUAGAGCGUCGAUGGCAACUGGUGGGGGUAACAGUGGUGUAUCCUCUUUUGCCAAUUUUCAACCGUCGCCUGCUAUAAAUUUCGGUUCAUCUCAACCUUUCAACACCGGGAUAUCAGGAAACCAGCAGCAGCAACCAAGCUCCACGAAUUCAUUGAUAUAG